AUGUUUGGCAAACUUCAAGACGGCGGUACGUUGCCUGCGUGGGCAAAGUAUCGUCCUGUAUACCACUUAAAGCUGCGGCUGCAAGACGAAGACUGGGGUCAUCGAGUGACCAAUAUAUACAAAGCUGCAAAGACGAGGGCUGUGCUGAACCAUUCCAAUGUUGAUGAGAUUGCUCAGAACAGCACCGAUGUGCAGAAACUGGUGGUGGACUGUACGCAAGACGCGUCUCACCUUGCGGCCGACAAGAAGCGUGAGGCUCAACGACUGAUUGGCGUAUAUGUUGAGACAUUGCGUGAUCGAAUGAAUGCGGCGGAGGAUAAGCUCAAGACCAAGCUUCUGUUGGAAAAGCCGCCAGUGGUUAUGUCGGAGGAACAGAGGAUCGAUGCUCGGAGAGACGCGGUCACGAAUGUUGAACGACGGAUUCUGGACCACUUUUCCGGUCGGAUCACAGGUCAGGACAUGGACAAUAGCCAGGAUGAGGUCGAUGACUCCAGCAAGAGCAGUGAAAGCAGCACCGACCUCGACGACAAAAGAAAGGGAUUUGAUCUCGACAACAUCGUGCCCAGGGACAAUAGCAAGGACAAGGACAAGAGUCAAGUCAAGGGUACUGGAGUCGGAGCGGUUUUGAACGACUUUAUCGACUGGCUGACCGAAAAAUCGUUCUACAAGCCUAAAAGGGGUCGUGGAGAGCUCAACGAAACAAUGCUGUAUACUCCCACAUACUUGGUCAGAUCGGUUGCUGGGCAGUUGACCCUCGAACUCAACAAGGUGUAUGGGCAUGGAAGUCAUGAGCUGUACAAGAAGGGUCUAACCAGCCGGCAGCGAAAAAAGGCCGGUCACCGGGCAGCAGUGAGAAUGUUUUCGUUGGACGACAUUCGGAAUCGUCUGGAUCGGUUCGAGAAGAAGGAGGACAAGAAGGGCAAGAAGGUCGAGAAGGACAUGGAGGACAAAGAGGACAAGGAGGAAAAGGGAUAUGUAUUGCGGGGCUCGAUCAGAACGGAUGGUUUCCGCGUACAACUACUUGCCUUCAAACUCCGCGAACUCCAGGACGUUCGAUACCGUCGUCUCGAGAAGGAUCUUCUUCCGCCAAGGCUGACGUCCAUCGUGGGAGGUACCGACUAUUAUUUACAGGAGAUCCAUCAUGUCAUAACCCGCAAGGACGAUGUCGAGAAGUACUGGCCCAAUGUGCGCGUAGAGGAUAUCAAGACCUUGACAUUGGAUGGUGGCCAAGCGUGCGUCACUGGAGCAUUCGCGCAUCUACCCGACAAGCUGGUGAAAUCAAGCAUGGACAAGGAGUCUGCUGGAACUGUCUCGCCCAUGGAUGGCAUUUCAGCGACCAGUAUCACAGGACAAAAUUCAACAACCAUCGCUCCCGCAGCAAAGGACUCGCCCCACACCGUCGCCGCAGGUCAGGAAUCAACUGCCACCCCUGCCCCGUCACCACGGUCAGUAUUUUUCAACCUGGCCGUGAAGAGCAAGGCUGUAUACCAGCCAACGUUUCGAUUCCAGCGAUGGCUUGAGGGCGAGAAGAAGACUGUACCCGAGGGAGAGCGCGACUCUAUUAGCGACAUCGAGGGCCAAGACUCCAUCGUGAUCAACUAUGUCGAGGAGCUGAAAAGGGUCGAGAAGCGCCUGAAGACGUUUUACGGUGGACUGGACCAUAAGUACAAGAAUCAUCGAUGGGACAUGGAGCGAGCCCGACAGGCCGAGUACCAACUUACCGCUGAUCAACUCCUCCGAACUGUUGGCGGCAGUAUUGGUCAACGCUACGAUCCCUGUAAUCCCGUUCUUAUUGGCGUGGGUCUUGGAAAGUUCUCAACGAAGAGCAGCCUUUCUUCUCUGCACUCGACAUUCCUCGACUAUUGUAUUCGAACGGCUCGUGCACAGGGAUAUUUGGUUGUUGGUCUCAACGAAUAUUAUACGUCUAAAAAUGGCCCCGGCUGCGGUUGUUUCGUUGCUCAGGUCGACAUGCGCCGGUUCUACUGUAGCCAUUGUCACUGUUACUAUCACCGCGAUGUCAUGGCCGCUGAGAAUAUGACCAACCUCAUACAAGGACACCUCGUCGACCAGCAGAGACCAAAGUAUUUGCAACCGGCGGCUGCAGACGGCUCCUACCCAUGGAUGGCAAGUCCCGGCUCAGGUUCAAGCACAAGCUCCGGUGGUAUCGAGGCGCUCUCCAUCACCACCAGCAGCAGCUCCACAAAUACCGCCAAAAGGACCCCAGGGCGGCGCAAGUGA